GGUGGUGAGACGCCCAGAGACAUGAAGCUUUCAGCUGCCGGUCUCCUCGGAAGCCUGGUGUUCGCCUUCUGUCUGCCUUUGGUGGUGACUUUACCGAAAACCCUGGCCAUCCCUAAGAAGCUGCAAGAAGCAGUGGGGAAGGUCAUUGUCAAUGCCACAACCUGUACUGCCACCUGUGGCCUUGGCUAUAAGGAAGAGACCAUCUGCGAGGUGGGCCCCGAUGGCGUGAGGAGAAAGUGUACUUCUCAGCGCUUGGAAUGUCUGACCAACUGGAUCUGCGGCAUGCUCCAUUUCACCGUUCCCAGAGGGAAGGGGUUCGAGCUCAACUGUCUGAGUUCGGACAUCCUGGAGAUCGGGCAGGAAGCCUUCCGGUUUACCUGGAGACUUGCUCGGGGUAUCAUCUCUACUGACGAUGAGAUCUUCAGACCCUUCCGUGCCAGCUCCUAUGUUGUGAGGUUUCCCUCUGUUCAGGAGUAUGACUCUGGGACAUACCGGUGUGAUGUGCAGCUGCUAAAAAACUUGAGACCUGUCAAGAGGCUCUAUUUUGGGCUGCGGGUCCUUCCCCCUGACUUGGUGAACCUGAAUUUCCAUAAGUCCCUUACUGAGAAUCAGAAGUUAGUUGAUAUGGGCCUGGAAGUGAAUCUAGACAACCAUUCUGAGCCUCGUCGCCCACUGUGGAAAAAGAAAGUGGUUGUAGCCUUGGGGAUAGGAGUUGUCGGUGGAGUGGCUGGUGGGAUGUUGAUGGCCAUUGGCCUGGGCUUUGGGCUGAGGGUGCUCUAUAGCGGUGCCAGCCUUGAGUCCUUAACAGCCUUGAAGGGUUGGCUGCCCAGGACCCUGGACCAGCUGUUUAGGAAGCCAGGGUAGCUUUUCAAAGGAUUAUCUGGCUGUGUGAUUGUGGCUCAGCCAGGAGGGAGGGCCUCCGCUACCAAGACAGUGAGUGGGUCCCGGGACAGGGGCAACAGCAUGGCAGUGCAAUGGGCACUGCUCUGCCUCUUCGUGUCCCAGGUAGAUCUCUUCCUGGUCAUCCCUGUCCACGUGGCACCCGGGAAGCCUGACUGUAGGCCCCUCCCCUGUCCCUGGGGAAAAGAUUAUGUCUUUCAUAAGUUGAGGCCUCUCCACCUACAUCCCUUCUGAGCGGUAUAAUCACGUAGAAGGAUAUAUUAAUAGCUUUUCUAGCGGAAACCUUUUCUUCUUCAAUAAAAAUAAUUCA